AGGUAACGAAUAGGAAUUAAAGAUGGCUGCCCCCAUUAAUGCGAUACGGGAAAAUAAGAAUGUUAUUGAUAAACAUCCAGUUUUCCGUAGAGAUGCAUUGAAACUAAAAGAUUAUGUAUAUAAAGAAGUAAGAAUAACAAUGCAAGACGGAAGAGAACUCAUUGGUUGGGUUUAUACAAUAGAUCCAGUAUCAGAGAGUUUUGCUAUCAUCAAAUUUGCAAGUGAUGCUAUUCCAAAGGAAGCAGAUGGAUCAGAACUCACUCUUAUUCUUGGACAUGCUGUAAAGGAGAUACGUGUCACUAACAACGAUGUGGCGAGUCAUCGAUCAAGACUUGAUUUCCUAUUCAGUGCUGGUACUGGUAUGUUCAGCAAAGAAGAGAUGGAAAGCAGGAAGGUGCGUCUCAAAGAGUGGUUGGAAAAAAACAGAAUACCAGUAGAAUUCCUCGGACAAGAUGAUAGUGUGCUCAAUGUUGCAGAUGCAGCAACAAUCGUACCACCUUACCGCGUUAAUAACUGUCAAAGCACAAAUGUAAUUAUCCUUGGACGGAUUCAAGCUCUAAUAAAGAGUAUGCCAGACUCGUGACCAAUGCAAAGGAUCUGUUCUCUGAA